GCAACUUUAUUUUAUACUUCGCACUCGCAAAAUCAACACAAAAUAGAAUCACUUUUACACAUUUUUCAUUCAUUGUGUGUGGUGUUUAGUUAAACAAUAAUGAUGAUAUAAAGUGUAUACAGUGAAAAUAAUAUUGUCAUUUACGGAGAAUAGGAAGUGAUUAUGAGCCAACUGUGAUCAUAAUGUAGCACGUAAUCAAGUUCCACAAUACAAUACAGUAUUCUAAAAUUAUUGAUCUUUUGUUGUAAAAAAAGACUGUAAAUAAAUAAACUGUAAAAAUGUCUGUGGUUAAAGGGAAAUUAGUGAAAAUGGAAGUAACGCAAGUAGGCGACUACGAAUUCACCAAACAAGAUAUAAUAGGUCAUGGGGCCUUUGCAAUGGUUUACAAAGGAAGGAGGAGAAAGAAUCCAUCUCAAUGUGUGGCUGUGAAAGUGGUAACGAAGAAAGGCAUACAGAAAGCAUCUGAGAUCCUCGUAAAAGAAAUCAAGAUUCUCCGAGAACUGACGGCGCUGCACCACACCAAUCUCGUCGCGAUGCAUGAUUGCAUGGACAGUCCUGCUUAUGUGUACGUCGUUAUGGAGUACUGCAAUGGCGGUGACCUGGCCGACUAUCUACAAGCAAAUCGGCAGCUCACCGAAAGCACCAUCCGUCUAUUUCUACGACAGCUGGCGGAGGCGAUGCGAGCCAUCCACGCCAAAGGCAUAGUCCAUCGAGACUUGAAGCCACAGAACAUCCUCCUCACACACAACGUCGCGCCGCCUCGCCUGCCGCAUCCCUCCGAAAUUAUUCUAAAAAUUGCUGACUUCGGCUUUGCAAGGUUUCUCGAAGAAGGAAACAUGGCCGUCACACUUUGUGGCUCACCAAUGUACAUGGCACCAGAGGUUAUAAUGUCGUUAAAGUACGAUGCUAAAGCCGACCUUUGGAGCCUUGGAACAAUUGUAUACCAGUGCCUAACUGGUAAAGCUCCUUUCCAAGCUACAACACCACAUGAACUUAAAGCCUUCUACGAGAACAGUCAUGGCCUUCAGCCCAAAAUGCCACUAGGCACAAGCGAAGAGUUAUGCAACCUUCUCAUCGGUCUUCUACGACGAAAUCCACGUGAGCGCAUGACCUUCGAAGUAUUCUUCAACCAUCCGUUCCUCCAACGUCCACGCACUACGUCCAUUACAAGUUUGGACAUCGAUACGCCUGACAUAUUGGACAGCGAUCUAGAGAGCGGGGACAAUACUAACAGUUACCUAGUGGAUUCGUGGAAACAUCAGGCUUGUACAAGUUCGAACAAUGCUGCUGCGGGCAGUUCCGUGGGGCGAGCCACUGUGCGCGGCAUGAGUGCAGUCCCCGCGGCAGCGCCAGCCCCGGCCUCCGCCCCGGUGUCGCACGCGCUACCCAUUUUGCAGCAGAGAAAGCCACAGCCUACUUCCUCUGCGGAGUCGUCGGACACGAUGUGGGCGGGCGAGGAGGACUUCGUGGUGGUGGAGGCGGCGGAGGGCGGCUCGGCGGAGUGCUCGGCCGCGUCGUCGGGCUCCGAGGCGGCCCCGCGGCCGCGCUCGCUGCCGCUGUCGCCGCCGCCCGCGCCCGCCGCGCUCUCCCCCGCGCACGGCCCGCACGCCCCGCACGGCCCGCACGCCCCGCACGCCCCGCACACCCCCGCGCACGCCCAGCCGCAGCCGCACCACCCCGCCGCGCUGCCGCAGCCGCAAUCCUCCACACACUUCCGGAACCCCUUUGACCUGACAUCUAAUAAUAAUAUUCCGCGAUCACAGCCUAUCGAUGUGCUCCGAUCGAAUAGUCGAAAUGCAACCAACAUCGGCUCGCUGUCACCACCCACUGUGCCGUUCACGAUGGGCACCACCCCGCGGUCGACGCGGCGCCGCAGCAGCAACUCGGGCAGCUCGCCGCCGCCCUCGCUGUGGCAGGUCUCGCCCACCAACGCCAGCCCGCUGCGCAGAUCCGGUUCGUCCCCGCCAGUGUCGCUGGCGUUGAAGGCGAGCAGCGAGGCGCCGGGCGGCGGCAGCUCCCCCAAGCGAAGUGCGGCCCUGCCCGACGCACUCGUGCGCGGCCUGCGGCUGCACCAGCCCGACCCGCCCCUCUACAUACCCAACCUGCAGGAGGAGACCAUACUCGCGGAGGAACACAGUAAAGUGUUCUCUCAACUCAAUUUCGUCCUGAUGUUAGCAGAGCUGCUCUCAGAUCUCGCCGUAUCUUGCGGAUCACCCAUUGCAGCUCUCAUGGAUGUCUCUGACGAGCGCUGUAACGAAAGCGUUCGCCUGGGUCUCCUGGUGCAAGCGAUGCAAGCACUCGCAGCCGGACUACAACUUGCGGCACAGCACUACCGCUCGCGAACGCUGCAGUCCACGCCACAAGUACGCCACGUUGUGUCACUGAUGAACGGGAAGUACAAGUGGAUAGUCAACGAAUCCAGGAGACUACAUGACUCUGGGAUCAUCCCCGCUGUAUGCGAUAAAAUUCUCUACGAGUAUGCAAUUGAGCAGUGUCAGAAGGCGGCACUGGAGGAGUUGUUCGGCGACGUGAAGGAGUGCGAGCGGCGCUACAUGUCGGCGCAGGUCCUGCUGCACUCGCUCGUUCAGCGGCACAUGCACCCGCACCACCGCACCACCCUCACAAACUAUCGAGAUGCAGUGCAGAAACGACUCAACUGCCUAAAGGGUCCACGUAAAAUAAUGGAUGUAAAACUCGAAACUGGGAUCUCAUAAUCUAAUAAGUUAAAAGUCAUAGUUAUAAGCACACAUCAAACAAGAUGAGAAGUGAUUUUAUUUUGUUCUCAAAAACUGACUCACAGUGAGGGAUAACCUAAUAAAUGAUAAAAAAAAGUGUAUAAAAUGACGGAUAAGUGAUUGAUAUAUAAAAAUCAUUGAAUGAUUAUUAACAGAGAUUGCAAUAGUGGAUUAUAUUUUUUUAUGUGGAGCACUAGACUUCAUAUAACCUGUAGCAUAUAUGUAUAUGAUCGUGUAGAACAUUCUAGUGUUGAAAGAAUGUUAUUAACCUCUAUAAAUUGAAAACAAAUUUAGUAUAGUUAUUCUCUUGCAUCAUUUUUAAAUAAAUGGUUGUAUCUUCUAGUAAGGUUUGUAACAGUAGUACAAGUUUUUCAUGAGGCGUUAUAUAAACUAAUUACAGUAAUAUUUCACCCAUUUUUAGCCAUGUGAGACUUAAUCAUAAAAAAUGAAAAAAAAUUAGAGUAGUGAAAGUAGUAUUGUUUCCAAUUAAGUCUUAUAAGUAAAUUAACAUUUUAUUAUUACCGACUAUAAGUGUAUUAUGUAAAUGCAAUCUAUGAUAUAUCUCGAUAUAGAUACAAUGCUAUAGAGAUCUCAUUAUUGACCAAUAACAUUAUGGCAUUUUUAGGUUAAGUUACAAAUUAUAAGUAUUUCUUUUGAAUCUAGUAUGAAUUUUUGUGUAUUUUUUUCAAGUCAUAAUUAUAAAUUUCGUAUACCUAUUGCCAAUUGUGAUCAUAUUAUUAUGUUUUUUCCUCAAACAUGUUCAAUGCUUUACUGAAAAUAAAAUAAAGACUGUUGUAUUAUAAA